ACCACGAAGAAGCAAUCUCUCUCUGGACAAACACACGCCAGUCCCCUCCCUCUCAUACCAAACGGCCCACACCAAUCCUCUCUCUCUCUCUCUCUCUCUCUCUCUCUCUCUCUCAUCACCAUGUCUGUACUCCAUAUCCCAAUCGAGGUCAAACCCUCUUCGCUUCAGACUUGAAAUUUUCCCCGAAAAUAGAAAAAGCCCUAACAAAAACCUUGUGAAAAGAAAAGUUCCAUGUUGGGCGACGGAGGAGGGAGGUUCUACUGGAGUCGGCAGCAUCGCACUGCUGAAGAGGCCCGGAAAGGAAUCGUCGUGGUCUUUGCAUGGGUUUCGAUCUGCGAAACCCAAUUGGAGAAUUUCGCGAACCUGUACUCGUCUCUUGGGUGGGACUCUCUCGUUUGUCUCGCCGAUUUCCUCAACCCGUUCUUUCCCGAGAAGGCUACAUCAGUGGCAUUUGCACUCCUCAAUGAACUUGUAGAGGAGCUAAGGAUUAAGCCGUGUCCUUUAGUAUUUGCAGCCUUUUCUGGUGGUUCAAAAGCAUGCAUGUAUAAGGUUCUUCAGGUUAUUGAAGGAGCCUGUGAAGUACAACUCACUCUGGAUGAUACUAGAUUGAUCAGGAACUGCAUCUCUGGUCACAUCUAUGAUUCUAGUCCUGUUGAUUUUACUAGUGACAUUGGUGCCCGAUUUUCGUUGCACCCAACCAUUCUUAAAAUGCCUGGUGCAGCUAAAAUAGUAUCAUCGAUUGCCAAAGGUGUUGCUUCUGGUCUGGAUGCUCUGUUUAUCACUAAGUUUGGAUCCGACCGCACUGAGUAUUGGCAGACGCUUUACUCCUCUGUUAGUUUGGGGGCCCCAUAUCUCAUUUUAUGCUCGGAAUAUGAUGAUCUUGCUCCAUAUUCAGCCGUCUACAAUUUUGCUCAGCGUUUACAGGAGCUGGGGGGAAACGUCGAAUUUGUGAAAUGGAAGGGAUCUCCACAUUUAGGUCAUUACGAGCAUUGUCCAAUACAAUACAGGGCCGCUGUGACCAAUCUCCUUCAUGAGGCAGUUUCAGUGUAUUCCCGUAAACGCCAUGUACUUGGAGAAAGGCAUUAUAUGGAGGAGGGUAUGCACGAUCAGAUAUCUGAGUUAGUAUGCGACCUCCAGAAGGCAGCAGUAGAAUCAAACCAGAGCUUUACACGUGUUGCACGUGGACCAAACGACCAUUUCUUCUUGCCGAGUUCAGCAGAAUAUGCUAGUUCAAGAGAAUCUGGGUCAUUACAAGAUGAGCAAAAGGAAGGGUCAGUUCAUUUGUCGAAUCCUCCAAGUAUGAGUGCUCACAGCGUCCUUGGUAAAAUCCUCUUUGACGCUUGUGUUCCCAAGAAUGUUGAAGGUUGGGAUAUUAAGUUUUCUGGUUCAUUGAAUGGCCAGCCGUUGGGUUCUGCUCAUAAGCAUUUUUCCCCUCUGAGCGGGAAGAAAUGCAUCCGCCGCUCUAGAUUAUAAGACCUUUUUUCCAGGUAUAACUAAGGAGAAGCUCAAUUGUCAUUUUGUAAACCUGGGGUGUUCAAGUUUCCAUGUGCUUGCCACAGUAAGAAGGCCAAAGAAUCAUGGGUGAGGUGUUUUCGACUGUGUGCUGCUGGCUGGAAUAUCUACUAUGGCUUGAUUUGUUGCUUCGUUAAGGCUAUAUUUGGAUCUUGGAUAUGUGAGAAUUUUGGGGAAAGGUAAAGGAACGGAAUGAUUAUACAUAAGAAGACGACAACGAAGAAGAACCUGUUUGCCUUUUCUUUUCCCACAAUUUCGUCCAUGAAUUCUAGAUCCAAACAGCUUAAGUGUACAGAAACAAUGAGAAAAUACUCCAUCAUGUGUAUAGUUUCCUUUACGGUAGACGAGGGACGUUUUGCAUCUUUGAGAACAUUGGCCUGCUUUUGGAGAAUGAAAUUUGGUAAUGUAAAAUUUUGCACAGUAAA